AUGACAAAGCGGUGCUAUGGCCCUUUGUUGGUCAUUGGAGCGUGGUGCGUCUUCCACUAUGCAGUUUGCUUCUCUGUGGGCUGUGUGGAGACGUUCACGCGGAAACCCUUGGCUUCCGUGCCAUCCCGCGGCGGACUGCCAGGCUGGAAGCCAACGCAGCGGAAGGCCGUGGCGGAUUUCAGCGCUCAGGCUGCAAAGCUGUUCGACAACAUGCGAGCUCCUGCUGCUCUCCUGGCUGGGGCCGUCGUCCCAAUCGGCUUCAUGGCAUCUCCCAAGAUCGUCCCAGACGACCCCAGAUGGCUUAAGCGGGUGAAGAGAAUGCAUUAUGUUAUUGCUUCGGUGGCCAUCUGCUGCCACUUGACAACCGUGGUGUGGUCAACCAUCACCGUGAACAAGCUUAACGAAAGAUCCCCACCGCCUGCCGGAAGCUUGAUGCAGCUUCUGAAGCAAUACUACGAACUACCGUGGAUAGGUUGCAACGUGAACUUCAUCAUGGGCCUUCUGGCCUUUGCAUGCCUACUCGUGACCUUCUCACUCGCGUCAGUUUCCGCAGCUUCUUACAAUCUCGUAUGCAGGCCAGUGGCAUGCACCGUCGCUGCAGCCAUUUGCUUGAUGAUUUCGAUUGUGAACGACGGAGUGUCGCAAGGGGAUGGGGCAGAAGGCGGUUUGCGUUUCGGCUCCAACAUGUUGAUGCUCUUUGUGCGCUACGUUUCGCUGCUGGCAGCACAUGCCUUGAAGGGCCCUCGGCCGCUGUUGCUGUUGACAUUCGUUUUCGCAGGAGCAGCCAUCUACUUCGUGGUGAAAAUUCAAACUGCCAGAGACACUGUGACCGGCGCAAAGUGA